AUGCGGAAAAACGUUGCAGGUGUUAAAGUAAACGUUGAACUAUUUUGCAAUUUCAGGAAAAAUACAUCAGUCGAAGAAGAAGUCAAAUCAUUCAACACCAAAAGUCGGGCGAUUUUACCUGCAACAUCUUUAGCUGAAUGGUAUACAGACUUUGUAUACGAAAAAAUGUUAAACAAGGUGGAAGAAUUUAAUCAAAAAGAUUCAGGGUGGAGUUUGACGGAGAUUACCAAUCUGGUAGUAACAAUGUCAAAAUACACACCUCUGCAAGGAGGGACUUCAACAUUUGUGAGGCUUCCUCGAGAUAUCCAGAUGAAACGAGCUGUUCUCAACAUAGAAAAUUUUGAUGAGUACUGUUUUCUAUGGAGCGUCGUUGCUGCGAUUCAUCUUCCUAACACUGGACAUCCUGAGAGAACAUCGGCGUAUCCGCAUUAUAGUGCUGUCCUAGAAUAUACAGGUAUUAAAUUUCCUAUGACACUUAAGCAAAUCCCACAGUUUGAAAGAUUAAAUGAUUUAACAAUAAAUGUAUAUGAUCUUUCACGAUUAGUUAAAAGUCAGAUAUCAGCUUCGAAAAGCAAAUUAUUUUUUUGUGAUCGAUGCUUAAAUCAUUUUAAACUGGAAAAAUCGUUUGAAGAUCAUAAAAAAGACUGUUUCGCAUUAAAUAAAGUUCACAUGAUGUUUCCGACUGAAGAAAAUAAAAUUUUAAAGUUUAAAAAUUACCAGUAUAAAGAUUUCGUACCAUUUGUUGUCUAUGCAGACCUAGAAUGUACACUUGAACCUCAAAAAAAUGAUAAUUCUGACAAACAUAUACCACAUAGUAUCGCAUUUUAUCGUUUUUGUAGUUAUAAUAACAAUUUAUCUAAAUUUGAACUGAAUCGAUCACAAACCUGCAUCGAGUUGCUUGUAAAAAAAUUAGAAUGUUUAGCAUUAGAAGUCGAAUCAUACUUAAAAAAUCCUGUUGCUAUGAAACCUCUGUCGAGACAACAAAAAGAGAGUCAUGAGCAAGCAACUGUUUGUCAUAUUUGUAAAAGGUCUAUAACUUCUGCUACAGAUAAAUGCUACGAUCACUGUCAUUUUACUGGUAACUAUCGCGGUCCAGCUCACUUAUCUUGUAAUAUAAAUUAUAGAAAAUCUCACACUAUACCAAUAGUAUUUCAUAAUUUAUCUGGUUACGAUUCCCAUUUUAUAAUAAAAUCUUUAUCAACUGUUUUCGAGGGUAAAAUUACAUUAUUACCAAUUAAUAAAGAACUUUAUAUAUCUUUUACAAAGUAUGUUGAAAAUACAUCAGUUUGCUUACGUUUUAUAGAUUCAUUCAGAUUUAUGGCUUCUAGUCUUGACAAAUUAGCAUCUAAUCUGAAGGAUUGUGAUAAACAGAUUACUCAACAACAUAACAGUGAUCCUGAAAAAUUUAAAUUAGUUAUUCAAAAGGGUGUAUUCCCAUACGAGUACGUAACUGAUAUUGACAAACUUAAUGACAAACAGCUGCCUGAUCAGGACUCAUUUUAUUCUAAAUUAUCGAACGAAGGUGUAUCUGAUAAUGAUUAUGCUCUUGCUCAAUUAGUGUGGAAUAAAUUUGAUAUUAAAACAUUAGGGGAAUAUUCAGAUUUAUAUUUAAAAACAGAUGUACUACUUUUAGCUGACAUAUUUCAAAAUUUCAGACAUAAUUGUAUGGCUACCUAUAGCUUAGAUCCUUUACAUUACUAUACAGUGCCGGGACUUGCUUUCGAUGCGAUGUUAAAAUAUACAAAUGUUGAACUCGAGUUAUUUACCGAUUCUGAAAUGAUGCUAUUUAUUGAAAAAGGUAUCAGAGGUGGUGUAUCUCAGUGUACAAAUAGGUAUGCAGUGGCCAAUAAUCGUUACAUGGGAUCCAGCUUUGAUCCUAAUAAAGCUGAAUCCUAUUUAAUGUAUUAUGAUGUGAAUAAUUUGUAUGGUGCUGCUAUGAGUAUGCCGCUACCAAAAGGUUCAUUUGAAUGGGUUUACCCGCCUGACGAUCUAUCUUUUGACGUCGAUAACGUAGAUCAAUUUUUAAGCGACAUCGAUAACGUUGGCUAUGUAUUAGAUGUUGAUCUACAUUAUCCUCAGGAAUUGCAUGAUCUACAUAAAGAUUUACCACUAUGUCCUGAACAUUUUUCACCAUCGGGUAGCAAAGUUUUAAAAUUUGAACAGUCACUCUGGCUCAAGUCAUAUAUAGAUAAAAAUACAGAUUGUGAAAAGGCUGCUAAAAAUGAGUUUGAAAAGGACUUUUAUAAACUUAUGAAUAAUGCUGUCUUUGGUAAGGCUAUAGGAAAUGUCAGAAAAUACAAAGAGAUUCAUAUAGUAACAAGAUGGGCCGGUAGAUAUGGCGCUGCUGACUAUAUUUACAUCUAUAAGAUCAUCAAACGUGAUAUCGCCAAGUUUGACACCUCUGAUUAUCCACCUGAUAAUGUUUACAACAUACCACUUGUUAAUAAGAAAGUAUUAGGUCUGAUGAAGGAUGAAAAUAAUGGCCAAAUUAUGACUGAAUUCACUGGACUGAGAGCAAAGUUGUAUGCUUUUAAAAUUUAUAAUGAAGAUCAGGUAAAAAAGCGAGCCAAAGGUAUUAAACGUCCGACUUUGCGAACUAUCACUUUCGAAGAUUUCAAACGAUGUUUAGAAGAUCAUGUAAAUUUAAUUCAGAAUAAGAUAGCUUUAAGUUGGGAAGAUGACAAGCGUCAGCUUCUGUUAAACAGUACAGAUACCAUACCAUGGGGUUACAAAGUAUCAAGAGAUGAUAUUGUGACUAUUCCAAGACCAAAUAAAAGACGAAAAAUGUAA